ACCCCUUUCUAAAUAACUUUGUCUCCUUAGACAUUGUCCUUCAAGGCGCAACGAGAGACAUAGCAUUACUCUCAAAUACUUAGCAUAGUCAAUAAAAGACAGAAUUCUUGCAGUUCUCGUUUCGCUGCCAUCAACUCAUUUCAUUUUGAUCAUUCCUUCUAUUCUAACCAAUAUCGCCAUCACUAUCCGAACGCAGCUCUAUCCACGACGACAUUUCCGAUAGUCUACCGCGUCUUUAUACAGAGAUCGGUAAAAUAAUCGACACAUCAAAUUGAUUAUCCAGGUCAUACAGGAUCACCCUCAGUCGCGACAAUGACUUACGCUCAGCCCGACAUGCAAAACAGCGAUGACCUCGCUGCAAUGUUUGCUCGCAAUCUAACAUUGCAACCCCAACCAGUCCAAACUCCCCGAGAAUCCCCGAAACCUCAGGAACCCGAACCGCAGAUCAUAUACUCCAUCUCCCAACACUACCACCACUCUGCUCAUCUUGCUCGCCAGGAAGAAGCACCCGUCGAACACCAACGACCAUCGUCGGAGCCUCCCCAGACCCAACAACCAUCCGCUGAGUCCAUUCUAAAUUCACAGGGUAUUGACCACACCGCGCUGUCUUCGGCACAGAUCGAACUCUUCAAGACAGCAGAGGAUGCUCAAAAGCUACGUCUUAUUGAGCUAUGGCGAAUCUGCCCCCCUACCAACAACCAAGAGAACCCGUCUGUUGCCUGGAACAAUACGACGGUCGAGCAAGAAGAACUUUUGGCCCAACUCCGAUACGAGCGAAAGCUUGCGGAAGAGGAACAGCGAAAUUCUGUUAUGUCUAUGGAUGGUACACCCCUAACACCAGUUCAAACUGGUGAUGGCCGAUGGGUCGCUACGUCGGAUGUCGAGCCCUACAUGAUGUCAGGUUAUGAAGCUUUGGCUCGAAGGGAAUACGAAGAAUCCGCGCGACGGCAAUACGAAGAGGCUAUGUCGAUACCUAAGGAUGUCUACAGCCAUUUCGGUACUGCGGUUGGCGGACCUACCUAUCGUCCAGCAACGGACCCAGCUUACGAUAACGACUGGAUCAGACGCCAGCAAGCAAUGGAGAACCAAUACGGCGCUUUCCAGCAGAUGGAACUAUAAAUGUACUUGUACAUACCUUUUAUCAGAAUAACAUAGCAUACUAGCAUAGUCUAUUGGCUAGACAGAUACCUAGGUACCUUUGCGGAUGGGUUAUUGGGAAAGUGUCACAUGAAGGAGGCAGGGCGUGUUAUUACGGUCGAGCAUAGGCGGAGUGGUUUCAUUGCGAGAACUUUUCAGAUUGGACUGCACAUACAUAAAUUCAUGUCGUGAGGACGGAGUUGAGGAUUUCUUCCUUCAUAGCCUUUAUAUCUCUUCCCCCUCAUCUCCCCCAUUGAUUCAGUGUAUAGCUAACGCUUUGGACUUCCAGAGUUACUUGAACAUUUGAUUUCGAGGUAUGUUUACCCAACCCCAAUACUGUA